AUGGGCCCCGCAGUGCCUGAGAGGGACGGGGAGGGGCCGUCCGCGGGACGGGCGCAAGGACCAACCCCGCUCCCGGCCUGGAAAGUCACGGGAGUCGUCAGGGGGCCACAGCCCCCGGGGGCCCUCGGUCACCUUCAGCCCGGUGACGUUGACACGGCGGAUCCCGGGUGUUCAGGGCAGCAGAUCCACACCCUGGUCUGGGUGGGUCUCCAGGUUAGAAACAUCCUCCAGUUCAACCUGCAAGGCACUGGCGCCCACUUGGGCAGCGGCUGGCGCUCUGGUGCUGGUGCCAAAGGCGGUGCCCGGCACCUCAAGGUUGGUGCCGGCUAUGCGUCCACACAGCUGUGGAAGCCGGCCACGCGGAAAGAGCAGGGCCGUACCAAAGAGCGGGACGGCCCCUCCCCAAGGCGGCCUGGCGCCUGCAGCCCAGGGCAGUCUCCACGCCCCCAGCCCCAGGGCCACGAGUCGGCCCGCAGGACCCGGGCUCAAGGGUCGGGCACCGGAGGCCUGAGUGUCCGGAGGGGACAGAGGGGCCACAGCGCCCUGAGGGGUCAGAGCCGGGAGGGCGCCGCGCAGCCUGGGAGCGCGGAAUGA